AUGCCUUUAAUUUAUUUGGCUAUUACAUUGAAUAUAACGGGCACUUUGUUAGAUAUAAUGUUGACUGAACCAUUGUCACAUACAUUAGAACAAUUACACAUUAACUUAUGUGAUGGAUCUUAUCUUAUAGAUAGUUUAGGUGCUAUACGUCUUUUACCCCGAAUGAAAGCUUUACAUACAUUUAGUUUUGUUAAAUCAUAUAAUUGGGAUUCGAUUGUUGAAUGGACAUUUGUUAAUCUAUUAACUUCUUCUAAUAUUAUGCCUGUUUUACGACGAAUGAAUUUUUCUCUUGUUAUUAGUGUUGAUGAUCUUAUUCGAAUGAGAAAUUCAGCACUUUUUACAGAUUUUCGUCAUAUUGAUGUUCAUUAUGCAUUUAUUAUCAAUGAUGAUCGUCCACAUAUAGAACUUCUUAAUUAUGUACCAUGUGGUAGUCAAUCUCAUCCUCGUCAAAUAGCUAGUGCAACAUUUAUUUCUGAUUGUUGGCCUGAUAAUCAACCAUUUAGAACUCCAAGACAAAAUUAUUUGACGAAAUCGAAAAAUCGACAACAUCUAUUCUAUAGUUUACCAUGGAUUUUUAAUGAAUUUUUUCAAUUAAGUGUUCCAGAUAGAUGUAUUAGUGAAUUAGAAGUAUUUAUAUCUUCUUCAAUUACUAAAAUUCAUUCGUCUCAUUUAAUUAAAUUAAAUAUGUCAGACAAUCUUGCAUCAUCUACAAGUUUCUUCUCUCAAAUAAUGUCUUCAAAUAAGAUAAUGGAACUUCAUUUAUAUCGAUGUAAUAGACAAGUAUCUAUGAAUUUACCGAAUGUUUCUCAUCUUAUUCUUAUUGAUAGUUUGGAUUCAUUGAAUAGUUCUUCACUUUCAUUAAAUAUUCGGUCUAUUCAAAUCAUUCUUCAUUAUCAAUGUCUUAGUUUUGCAGGUGGUGAUUGGACUGCUUUACAUUCACUCUCAACUUUACCAUUAUUAAACUCUUUACGUAUAAUUUUAUAUGGUAUGCAUAUUCCUCCAGAUGAUACAAAUUGUCAAAUUAUUGCGAAGAUAACACCAAAGUUAUUGGAUUUCUCUUUUUGUUUUCGACGUAUUUAUUGUCAAGAUUCGUAUGAUAUUGAUGCAGCAUACAAGAAACAUUGUUUAUUUAUCAAACAAUUACGAAAUUGUAUUCUUAAUUUAUCAUUAAAUAAACAAGCAUAUGUUUUUGUUGAAAAAGAUGGUUGUGGACUUAUUAUAUGGUUUUGA